AUGUCCGAGACAACACCCGCGCGCUUAAGUGGCAAGAUCUGGAAGCGUAACGCUGGCUUUUUACGUGCCUGGCACAGUCGAGCGGCAAUUGUAACAAUCGAUGGGUUUUUGGUAUACAAGAAAAACACAAACGCGAUAAAAUCCAAAAAGAUUGAUUUGAUUAAGACGACAUUUACGGGGUCGAUUGUACAAGGAAGUGGGUAUUUCUACUUUGAGCUGCAAUGCGGAUCAGCACAGAUGGCCAUUGGAUUUCCAGCGAUUGAAGAUGCUCGACUGUGGCUAAGCGGUAUGAUGGAGGCAGCUGAUGAAAAUAGUGCAGGUCGACGAUUGUGGAUGGCAAAUCUGCGUCACAUGCUGACGCUUAGAUUGCAAGAUCGAUGGGAACUUGUGUCGGUGAUGACAAAUCGAGAUUGGUAUAGCGAGUGGAAUUUCUGUCUGCGAGCAUUACGUGAUGAGGAAGAACCAAUCCUGUCACGACAAAGACGAUUGCGGCGUCUGCACACGAUUUGGUUGCAGUUUGAGCUUUUCAGUGAGAUUCUUGCUGAAAUGUUCUUAUCAUCCGUGCAGCAACGAGAUGCACACGGUCAUAAACCUGAUAUCUCUCAACAAAAGGAGACAAGUAAAGACAACGAUUGUGGUCGUGGAUCAAAAUAUUUCAAACGAAAUGAUGUGGACGAGAUGAAAUUUGCAGGAAUCCAUUUACAAUUUGCCUCGAAAAGUUGGCAAGGACAUAAACGAUUAGCCAAAGAGAUGACCUUGUUCUCAAAAUUCCGCUCUCUUAUUGAAGUGUUUCUCUCGGAGAAACAACCAUCUUUACUCCAAGCAGCUCUUGUAAGACUUCCCACAUUUCCACUUAUUUCUGCCUUUUCAAUACAAGACGUGAACGUUGUAGCUAUAGCCGAGCCAUUGCAAAUCGACCAAUCGAUACUCAUGACGAUCGAUAAACGGGAUCUGACAGACUUGAGUGUGGCACUUCGAGAAGCAAAAUUGCUUCAGUUCUUUCCUUACCAGGAGCUCCCAAAGCUUGUAGUCCGGCAAUUCCUUAGCCAAACAUCCACAUCUACACUGGUAACAAUUCAUUCACGUUUUGACGAUGUGUUGGUUAAUUCGCUGCGUUCCUCGAUGGUUCAUGGAGUUUUAGUACGCGCUGCGGAUAGUGUGAGUGAGAGCAGCAGCCAAAUCGAGCUGAUGUCAGCUCACGAUCUGAAAGAGCUUAUUGCAACAAAAAAGCCAACGUGGAUUCCGUAUCUGGAUCUGGUGUAUUACCAACUCAACAGUGAAAGCUGCCCAGUCAAGAACUUUGCAAGUGAAAAGUUUCUGCUGCAAAGUGGUUCACAUCGUAGCCACCCGCUGACUGGAGAUAUUGUCUUUACAUUUGAUACAAAAAAUAGUAAGCUGCCAUUAGAUUUACCUGAAGCUUUUGUCAGAAAUCACGAGAUGGACCUCUGUUCGCUUGUUCAAAAGUUGCAGGAAGUCAAGAAAAAUACUGCACUAUUUAACUUCACAAGCUCCAAUUCUACGCUGUCUCGCAGUCAAAUCGGACAACUUCGUCCUCUCGAUUCCAGUAUGCAGGUAGCACGCGAGUUUGAAGAUGCCGUGAAGAAGCUCUUUGUACAGCACAUUAAAGACUUCGCAGCGCAGCUGUUGACACUUGGAGAUUUUUGCAGAUGUGAAGUAGAUGGGCAAUUCGAAGAUCCAACUAAAAAAACUUCUCAAGGUAUGCGUUUAAUGCGCUCAAACACCAUGUCAUCAAUGCCUCGUCCUCGAGAUGUGUUUGCGUCAUCAGCAGCAUUGAAAUCGAACGAGUUCGAGUCCGAAUCCGGAUCAAUCGCUCAACCUCGCCUUCAGCAGCGAACUUCAUCUUUGAGCUCGAUUCCGCUGACACAUGAAGCAACAAAAUCGACUGACCAUACUCUCGGCACAUACGUCAUCGAUACGAUUCAUCUUCGUCAAACGAUGCGUGAAAGUGGCGUAAAUGUACGAUUUCUUCCGCUUGUAUUCCAUUAUUUAGGCAGCCACAAGCAACAAGGAGUUCAAGUGCUCGUAGCAAGCGAAAUCGUUGCUCGUUUAGCAAAAAAUUGGUUUCGAUAUCAAAUGCUAAAUGAAGAUACCGGAAAAAAAAAUUGUUGGAAGUCAAGAAAAUGGCGACUUAUUCGAUUGAUUAAUUCAAUUAUGCACGGACUUUUCCACAAGAACCUACCAUGCGUCGUCAGCGAGUGCUCUGGUGAUCAAUUUUGGAACAUCGACGGCCCAAUUUUGUAUUUACUUGGAGCAUUCUCCUCAAGUUUUGCAAUGGAUCCACAUGUCUUGAGUAAUGUGGCCAACCCAGGCGUCAUCUUCGAUAAGUACCGUGAUCUGUUAAGAAUGAGCCCAUCUAUACUUUUUAACAACUUACUAUUCGUCUUCCAAGCUCAACUAAUACCUUCGAUUUUAACGAAACUUCACGAAAAUCGCUUCAUGUCGCUACCAUUCUUACAAACUGAAGCCGACCUCUCGUUUGAAUACGAGGAUCAAGACCCAAAGUUUGCGAUACACAUUCAUGAAAAUCUACUCUGGAGUCAUUUACAUUUUUUUCAAGUGUUGUACGAAACAUUGAAACCAGCAUUGCCAAAUCCCGAAAAACAAAUAAACAAGAUCGGAUCGAUGCAAUGGACACAAUAUUAUCGAACGCUUUCUUCCAUUUUUCGUCAAAGUAUAGGCCAUUCCCACCUAACACGAUUAGAAAACGCAAUCCAGUCGUGGCAAGACUUAACUUCAGUUCGUGUGCUUUUAACCUUCGCCUUACGUGCCGCUGACAUUUAUAUACGUCACCUUUCAGAUAACCAAGAUACACUAUCUAGUAUUCGAAAACACUGUCACAACGCACACGAACGAAUGGCUUCCAGCAAGGCACUUUUUCCGAUAGAGUAUAAGCUCGUAUUGCUAUGUCUUGAGCUUAUGUGUACUGGAAUUGAACCAGUUAACGCUUUAAACGAUUCCAAUGAGCUUCAAGAAUGGCUAAAAAUUUUCUAUCGACCGGCAAAUUCCUCUCAAUUUCUCAAAAAUUCAUCUUCUCAUCCGCUGUUUUCGGUUCUGUAUACAGCCAGUAUGAAACGUAGUGAACAAUCAAGCGCUGAGUUAUCGCUACGAGAUAAAUUCCAAGACCAGCAAUAUCAGCAAUUGUGGACGUCUAGCAUGACUGUUGCAAACGCUUACUGUCGUCGCAUCAAGCAUAUUCGACAAAAUCCGAUAACUCUUGCAGCGACAACAGCAGUGCUGCGCGAAUUUAAGAAUACUGAUCCUUAUGACAGCAUUAAAUUGAAUGUGUCUAGAACAGGAAAGAAUCAGAUAUCAGGCUUAACAUCACAGAGUUCGACAACACCGUCGAUAAACUCGUUUCGAGGAGAUGUCCUUCAGUUUAUCGAGUGUUUUUUAUUGCCUCCAUUCGCUACACACUCUCUACGUGUUGCUGGAUGUGCGUUGGCGAACAACAAUGACAUCGUGAGUCUACUGCCAAGCACACUUCAUCAAACUAUUAGCAAGAGCCCUGUACCAGGAUUCGCGCUGAUGUGGGGCAACCCGCUGGGUUUGUCACUAGAUGAUGAGGCUCAAAUUAGCAGAGAGCCUCACAUGAAAUCAUCGCUUCGACCUCGACCAGAGACUGCAGCUAGUAUUUGCACCCUUUCCUUUCCACCAUCAAUACGUUGUGUUGUCCAGAUUGCGUGUGGUUACCGACACACUGCACUAAUAACCGAUGAUCGACUCUUGUACACAUUUGGACAUGGUGAAUGUGGUCGUUUAGGCCACGGAACGGAAGAAAGCUGCCAUGAUCCGAAACCCGUAAGUUAUUUCUUAAAUCUCAUUGCUGCUAAAGGGGUUGCCGCUGGCAUCGUCGAUGUUUCCUGUGGUCGGGAACACACUAUGGUCGUCACUGCAAACGGACAUUUAUUUGGCUUCGGAUGGGGCGAAGCUGGUCGACUAGGAACGGGCGAGACAGGCAGUACAUUACACCCGUCUCGAGUCGAAUUGACUAACAUUACAAAAGUAGCAUGUGGGCGUGAACACACUCUGGCACUAAACCGCAAAGGUCAGGUGUUUGCGUUUGGAGCAGGAUUUCAAGGCCGAUUGGGAACCGGCUACGAAACAGACGAAAAGUUUCCAGCUAUUGUAGAAGGUCUUGAUGGGUACAUUAUUACCGCGAUGGAUGCUGGAGAGUGUCACUCAUGUGCGUUAAGCACAAAUGGAACAAUCUUCACGUGGGGAUUCGGUCAUUCAGGAGCUUUGGGUCACAAUAGUCGCGAUAAUUGCUUGAAGCCAACACUCGUCACAGGUCCAUGGUCAAAUAAUGAACAAGUUAGUGAAGAUGACACACCAAGCAAAGAAGUCCUUGUGACUUUCAUUUCUUGUGGAGGAUACCAUACUCUAGCGACCACAAGCAAUGGUGUGCUGUACGGUUGGGGCGAUGCUGCAGCAGGACAAUUAGGGCCGGAAUGUCUAAACGCACCGGAUUUCGUUAUUCUCUCUCCAACAAUCAUUCGAACGCCAACAUUCUCUAAGAUCAACAACAUUUCGUGUGGUAUGUUCACGUCAGCCAUGUGCAAUACGCAGGGGCAGCUUUUCAUGUGGGGUUCACCAGCAGCUGGGAAUGGAGCAUCGUUACCUGAAGACGAUGCAGAGAUUAAAAAAAUUGACUUUUUGGAUGAGUUUGAUUUUGCUCAAAUCGCCUGUGGAGCGUACCAUGCUGUGGCUAUUACUCGGAAACUCGAAUUAUCAAAUGCGGUAUCAUUUCAUAUCAUGCCCCCAGCCUCAACUACUUCACGUGGAACGUCAGUGCUGCCCCAGCUUCGCCCGAAGCGACCAUCUCCAGCACGUGGCAUUUUAUCGCCUCCACAAGUGCAUCGACAAGUACCACAACGUUUUCAAGUACGCAAUGCUGCUGCAUCGUUCCCCAGCGCUCGACAUAUUGAGACGAUUCUGUACUUUUGGACGGUAGUGGCGAUUUUGUUUGGCAUUUUAUUGGCCUGCCUCGUUCUGUUUUUAUUGUUUUGUAAAGAAGGAGGUAGUUUGACUCCGACACUACCGUUUGACAUGGCAGCGUAUGGGGGUGUAGCGAUCACUACAGCGUCUUGCUGCGGGCUUUACGGUUUACUUUAUCACAAGAAGCUCGUUACCGAAGGGCGACGCAACUAUGCGCUUGGAACGUUUAUCGUACUAGGAACGAUCGGAGCGAUUAUCGUCAUAAUUGCUGGUGCCAUGGCAUUAUCGCUUGUUCGCGUUGUGGCGCAGGCACAAAACGACGAGUUUAUGAAUGAUCAAGUGAUUAUUUUGGAAACGCACGUCAUCUCGAGGUUACACGCUCAAGUAAAAGAGAGUAAGUUAACGUGGCGAAGUACUCAGAACCAACUGGAAUGCUGCGGAUAUCUCCAGUCCAGCGUUUUAAGUGCUUUUUUGAGUGCCCGUUCAUCAUGGGAUACUACACUUGAGACCGCAGUCAACGAUGUGAAUGCGAUUGGGGGCAAGUUUUGCUCUACACGUAUUUCUGAGUGUGACCAUAUGACGUCUGAAGCCUUUUGCCCUGUCACCGGUCGUGGUUGGUGUCGUAACGAGCUGCUACGCGUAGCACGGGACAAUUAUAGACAACUCGGCAUUUGUUGCGUCACAUUUGGAGGAGCUCAAUGGCUUAUCACCGACUUACAGGAUUGA